CAUUAUUAAAAUUAAGUUAGCUUCUAGGACAUUUUAUUGAUUAAAAAAUUACUCCCGGUUUGUCGAGUUAAAUACUAUCACGCCAUUGGCUCUUUGACCCGUCACUCAGACCGUGCAGCAUCCAAUCAUUGAGCAGUUCACUCAUAUAAUUUUGGCGGCGGUCGGAAGAUGGCGGAAAAUUUGAAAGGUUGUAGAGUAGCUUGCAUUGCUACUCUAGACCAGCUGGAGGCGCUCUGUCGAGAGGAGGGUGUAUUGUGCCCCGAGCUCGGCAUCAACAGGCACAAUCUCUCUGAUUAUGAGGUUGAAUACCUUUGUGACUACAAAAGAAAAGUCAUCACAGAUGGGAAGACCCAAACGGUACAGGAGGUAUUCCUGGUAAAAUGGAAAGGCUAUCCUGAAUCUUCCAACACAUGGGAACCACGAAGGAACCUGAAGUGCACAGAUCUGCUCAAUCAUUUCUGGACGGAUCUAAAUGCUGAGAUGCAGAAACAAAAGAAGCGUGGCAUCCCACGACGGCUCGAUCCCUCCACCGCAUCCUACCUCACCCAGCGGGCAAAACUUCGCCAGACACUUAAACUGUGGGAGGUCCACCUUAACAGCCUAGGCACCCACCAGGGCCACAUCUACGUCUCGAAUCAAGUGGAUCUGGAAGGCCCGCCUAAAAAUUUCACCUACAUUAAUGACUAUAAAGUUGGCGAUGGGAUUAUGCUGAACGAGGUGUCUGUGGGCUGCGAAUGCACAGACUGUCUAAAUUGUCCCGUUGAGGGCUGCUGUGCUGGAGCAUCUCAGCACAAGUUUGCUUACAAUGAAAUCGGCCAGGUGCGCAUACGGCCAGGGAUGCCCAUUUAUGAAUGCAACAAGCGGUGCCGCUGCGGCCCAGACUGCCCCAACAGGGUGGUGCAGAGGGGCAUUCGGUAUUCCCUUUGCAUUUUUAGGACUGACAAUGGCAGGGGCUGGGGGGUAAAAACCAUGGAACGCAUACGAAAGAACACUUUCGUCAUGGAAUAUGUUGGGGAGAUCAUUACAACAGAGGAGGCAGAACGGAGAGGUACUGUGUAUGAUAAAGAAGGUGCCACCUACCUCUUUGACUUGGACUAUGUGGACGAUGAGUAUACAGUGGAUGCUGCUCACUAUGGAAACAUCUCUCACUUUGUCAAUCACAGCUGUGACCCCAACCUUCAGGUCUACAAUGUGUUUAUUGAUAACCUGGAUGAACGGCUGCCACGCAUAGCAUUCUUUGCUACACGUGGCAUAAAGGCAGGAGAGGAGCUCACCUUUGACUACAAAAUGACGGUUGAUCCAGUAGAUGCCGAAAGCACGAAGAUGGAUUCAAAUUUCAGUCUGACAGGACUUCCAGGUUCGCCUAAGAAACGUACACGUAUGGAGUGCAAAUGCGGGGUGGAAACAUGUCGAAAAUACCUUUUUUAAGAGAAAGUUCAUGCUAAUGAGAUCAUGUGUGAAUGUAAAUAUGAUGGAAACAUCUACAGAAUUUAAACUGUUUUAGGAUUUCAAAAUGCCUUAUCAAAUUUUAUGCCUUUUCGUUUUUAUAUUUCCCCAAGAUCAAGCUUGACUUUUUACCCCGAAUCGUCCACUGUAUUGCUCAUUGGCAUUUCCAUUCAAAAACGUUUUAUGACGACCGACUUUUUAUUCUAUAUUAAUUGUUAAUUUUAGUCAUAAAUAGCAUGAUGAGUAAAUAAGAACAGAAAGGGAGCAUUAUUUCAAUGUGUUAAUUUUUUUAAAUUAUCAAAAUGGUCAUAAAUGUUUUAACUGUUUGAGUAGGAGGUUCAGUUCUUUUUAUGCUCUCAAAAAACUUGUGUAAUUUUUCAGCCAUGUUUUUACCAAAUAUUUUUAUUAGGUGUCUGACCUCUAAAAUAUGAAUAAUUUAAAAUGUCUUUUACUUGCAGCAUCUUGUGUUGCUUGUCAUGAAAUCUCCACAUGGGGGCAAAACUGUGCUGUUUUUUAGAUAGGUGGACCUAUGAAGUUGGUGCCCCUUAAGCAUACACAAUGUUGUUCUGUUUCCUGUAUAUAUUGUAACUAUCCAUUUGUCAAAAUAUAUUCAUUUUACUGUCAAACUGGUGUAAAUGCUUGACUGUAAUCAAUGAAUUAAUGUACACUCUCAGAAAUAAAGGUACAUGAAGGUACAAAAAUUGUCACUGGGGGUUGGUACCUUUUUGUACCUAAAAGGUGCAUAUUGGCACCUCAAAGGUACAUAUCUGUACCAGAAUGGUAUACAUAUUAGGACCUUCCCAGUGACUCGAGUGUUAUAUUGCAGAUCUCUUUGACUAUCGAAGUGAUUUUCAAAACUAAACAGUGAAACUAUGGGAUGUGUGCUGUGGAUUUAUGUGUGAUGGCAAAAAUAUUCUGGAUGAACCUAUGCAGUCUCGAGAAAUAUUUUCACAAUAUAACUCUCAUUCUCAGAUGUAGCAGAAAAACAUUAAAUUUAUAUAUGUAUACAUACAAAAUUGACUUGGUUUUGUAUUAAAAAAAAAAAUUUAUAAGCAGUGGCGGCUCGUGACUGCUCAUCCGAGGGGCACAAAUUCAAAAUAAGUGUUCAGAGUGUCAUGUGUGUUGCUUGUGUUUUCAAAAUAUGUGUUUGUUGCGUCAUGUGAACCAUGUGCAUCACGUGUUUUGUCAAAAUAAGGGUCUGCUGCACAUGCGUCAAAACCGUAACAGUAAACUCUGAUUAUACAUGAGAUUAUGCGAUUAUUUGGCAAACGUGAGCGUCUCUUUUAUCAUAAACCCUUUAGACGCGUCUGCAGCAGGCACUUAUUUUGACAAAACACGUGAUGCACACAGGAUCUCUCGAUGCGCAGAACACAUUUUUUGAAAUUACGAACCACACACAUGAUGGGCUACAUAAAUGUUGUGACAAACGUUGCAUCAAGCGCCCUUGAAAAAAGAAGUCACCGGCCACCACGCAUAAACUACAAAAAAAAAAUCACAUUUCAUAAUUUAUAUUAGAACAAACUUGUGAGUAAAAAAGUGUGAACAUUUGUUAUCAUAAAUUUUUCAUUGCUUUGCAAA